UAGGGCGCUCGCGCGGGGUCGCGGAGCGCGGGUUGCUCUGCCACCGUCCGGCAUGAAGGUCUGGGGUCUUGCUGCUGCCUCCUCGUCGCUCCAGCGCCAUGGAAUGCCUGCGGAGCUUGACCUGGCUCCUGCCCCGCGCGGUGGGGCUGCCCCGGCGCACCCUGUGUGCUCUGGCCUUGGGCCUGACCCCUGCAGCUCGCCCUGUUGCCGCCUGCGGCCGCGCAGCCGAACUACUCGGAGGGAGCCGGGCCGCGCUGCUCUGCGGGCCCCGCCGGCUCCGCGUGGCAGGUGAAGUGCACCGGUUUAGAACUUCUGACGUCUCUCAAGCCACUUUAGCCAGUGUAUCCCCAGUGUUUACUGUGACAAAAUUUGACAAAGAGGGAAAUGUUACUUCUUUUGAAAGGAAGAAAACUGACUUAUAUCAAGAAUUAGGUCUUCAAGCAAGAGAUUUGAGGUUCCAGCAUUUAAUGAGCAUCACAACCAGAAACAAUAGGAUUAUCAUGAGAAUGGAGUAUUUGAAAGCUGUGAUAACUCCAGAGUGUCUCCUGAUAUUAGAUUAUCGUAAUUUAAAUUUGGAGCAAUGGCUAUUCCGGGAACUCCCUUCACAGUUGGCUGGAGAGGGUCAGCUUGUCACAUACCCUUUACCAUUUGAGUUUAGAGCUAUUGAAGCACUCCUGCAGUAUCGGAUCAACACCCUUCAGGGGAAACUUAGCAUUUUGCAGCCACUGAUCCUUGAGACGUUGGAAGCUUUAGUGGAUCCCAAACAUUCUUCUGUAGACAGAAGCAAACUUCACAUCUUGCUACAAAAUGGCAAAAGUCUAUCAGAGUUAGAAACAGAUAUUAAAAUUUUUAAAGAGUCGAUUUUGGAGAUCUUGGAUGAAGAAGAGUUGCUAGAAGAGCUCUGUCUAACAAAAUGGAGUGACCCACAAGUCUUUGAAAAAAGCAGUACUGGAAUUGACCACGCAGAAGAGAUGGAGUUGCUCUUGGAAAACUACUAUCGAUUAGCUGAGGAUCUUUCCAAUGCAGCUCAUGAACUUAGGGUACUGAUUGAUGAUUCACAGAGUAUUAUAUUCAUCAAUCUGGACAGCCACCGUAAUGUGAUGAUGAGGUUGAACCUGCAGUUGACCAUGGGAACCUUCUCUCUUUCGCUCUUUGGACUAAUGGGAGUUGCUUUUGGAAUGAAUUUGGAAUCUUCCCUCGAAGAGGACCAUAGAGUGUUUUGGCUGAUUACAGGAAUCAUGUUCAUGGGGAGUGGCCUGAUCUGGAGGCGUUUACUGUCAUUCCUUGGACGACAACUCGAAGCUCCUUUGCCUCCUGUGGUGGCCUCUUUACCUAAAAAGACUCUCCAGGCAGAUAGAAGGAUGGAAAUGAAACACAGCUUCAGGCCGGAUGGACUUGGAUCAAGCAGGAGCCUCCUCACAAACCGUUAGAAACAACCUGGUGGAUGCUGAAUUAUUUUUUUAUGGUAGUCACAGGAAACUUCAGAUACUCUUUUAAUACUUUCUUUUAUAGAGUCAGAGUCUUGAAAAAAAUCACUGACAUUUAAAUUAUAAGUCUGUGGUAAAAAUACUAUGGCAGUCAUCAUACUGGAACUUAAUUGCAUUUUCUGCAAUUAAGAAUUCUGAGUAAAGCAGCAAGGUGCUUGCUUUGUAAAAGGCCAAAAUUCUAUUUCCUACAAACUUAAAAAGCUGUUUUUAUAGACACGAUGUGAGGCAUGGAGGGAUUAACUUAACAAAAGAAUAGAUUUUAUUUUAUUUAUACAUAUCAAGAAAAGUGCGAUUUCAUGCCAAAUGAAGCCUAGAAACUUGACAAACCCACAGUUACAAGAUCAGGUAGCCGUAGUUUUUAGUCGGUACAGGGAAUCACGUGCUUUCAAAUUUCCUGACUCUCAGGUGACUGAAAAGCUAGCAAAAUAUAUAUCAACUUUAAAACAAGGACCGGAAGUUUGUGCUUUAAGUCAAUAUUUGAUAUAACCUUAUGUUCUUGUAUCUGUCCUCUUUUUAUAUAAAGGUGAAUAAAAAGAAGGAAAUGAUCAUUUAACAUCAGCUUUAUAUGGAUUCCAAUUAAUCAAGAUUUUACUUUCUCGACCCCUGAAACUAUUUUUGUUUGCUUGGCUAUGAUUAAAGCCUUUGGAAGUUGAGUUGAAAGGAAGUGUUUCCAUUAUGUUCCUGUUCUAUAGCUGCUCUGGUCAUGCCCUGAUUUUGAGAGUAGGUGGCUGUACUAAAGGAAGAUGGAUGUAGCCCAGCUAAUCUGUAUGCCAGCACCUCAAAAGUUGACCGAUGGGCUUCCUAAAACAAGGGAGUUUGAUAAAUUUUAGAAUUGUGAUCCUGUUUGUUUUCACAAUCAGAGACUGCGGUUUAAAACAAAUGGCUAAUAGUUGUAAGUGUCAAAGCUGCUAUCCUACUUAACAUCUUAACUACGUUUUUUAUAUUUUCUGGAGGUUAAAUACAGUUAUGCAGUAGAACAUUACAGUUAUACUUGCCUCCAAAAGUAGCAUUCUUGGAAGAUUCCAGAGUGUCCAGAGCAGCUCUUGCACUACAAAUACAGUAGUAAUAAAAGAAUAUGCAUACCCUACUUAUGUUGGGGGUACUUCAUACCCUAAUUGAUGUCAUUUGAGGAAGUUUAGGGGUCCAUUUACCACGUGGGUUUGGUGAUAGGAAUAAAAAUCCUAUUCCAAUAGCUGAUUUGAAAGAAAAUAAAUGAAGUUACUAGUAAAAUUUUCCCCACUCCCAUGUGUGGUUAUGAGCAGCCAUUAGAGGGAAGGUGUAGAAUAGAAUGGCAGAAACAGGCUGGGCUUGUCUUGGGUACCAAGUGGCUCACUUGGCACCUCUGGAUCAGGAGUAUGCUUUAUGGUGUGGUUGUCGGAAUGUGAACACACAGCACUCCCUAGCAUCAUAAAUCUGUGUGAUGAUUUUCAAGAUAAAGUACCUUUAAUAAUACUUAGAUUUCAUGGGGGCACUCUGCUUUGGCACAACUCAAAGCACUCUGCUGCUAUUUUUGGUCAUAUGUUAUCACUGUAAAAUAGGUAAUAAAUAUUACUUAACUGUGACAUAGGAGGAAGUGGAAGGCCAGAGGGCAAAAUUUGAUUUGACUGAGAUAUCAGGCAUUAGGAUAGAAUUUUGGUGAUCUUUCCUUGUAGUGAUACUCACUUAGUUUAUGGGCUUGGGUAAAAUAAUUUUUUUUAUAAGUUAUAAUUUUCCUCAUGAAAGGGAAAAUAAAUGCAACUACCUCAUAAGUCUGAUAAAGGGAAGUUACUGAUGGUCUGUAAAACUCUUAAAGGUGGUUAGAUCAAGUAUGGUUUCAAAAUGUUAACUAGCUCUGCUUUGGUGAUAGCAGGAUGCUUCCUACAUUAAGCUUCUCUUAAAUAAUAAAACAGACUAUGCCAAAAAAAAUAGGAAGUUUAGCAGUUUUAAAACAGACUGAGCACAUGAACUGCUAUUUGAAAGUGAAGUGAUAGAAUACCAAACACUCAGUUAUGUGAGUAAGCAAGCAACCAUAUCUGCUGUUUAACAUGUACAAGUAAGCACAAGGACUGAUACUCUUAACAGGCUGUCUUUGUCUUUGGAAGGCCUCUCAGGAAAUGUUGUGGAAUGGAUGUCAUUUUAGGAUGCUAUUAACACUUGCUUUAUUCUUGAUAAACAUAGACUGAUAAAUAACCACUAAAACAAUUUCAUAUUAAAACGCUGUUUAUGUUGAUGAGUUAUUUUGAGAGUUGUACACAGCUUUGUUUUUUGGAAUUGCAAUAUUAAACUCUCUUUAAAUUUAGGAUUUGCUUUCAUUAGUUUAGUGAUACCUGUGGAGGUGGUCUAAUGGGUGGUGCACAGAAUAGGGAAUACAGAGACCUGGUUUAUUUCCAAACUCACCUCAAAUCAUAAUUAGUCUCUUAGGUGUGUGAUACAAAGGCAUAAAACAAUUCUGAUCUUGAAGCCUUGAAGCAAGUUGUUACAUAUACAGAUAAUAGAAAGACAAAAAUUGCAACUAUGUAAAUGUGUUAUCUUGAAAUAAAGGUAAUUUUGAAUUAAA